AUGGCUGCUGAGAAACAGGUUCCCGGUGGCGGCAGCGGCGGCGGCGGUAGUGGUGGUAGCGGCGGUGGACGCGGUGCCGGAGGAGACGAAAAUAAGGAAAACGAACGGCCUUCAGCCGGAUCGAAGGCAAACAAAGAAUUCGGGGAUAGCCUGAGUUUGGAGAUUCUUCAGAUUAUCAAGGAAUCCCAGCAGCAGCAUGGUUUACGGCAUGGAGAUUUUCAGAGGUAUAGGGGCUACUGUUCCCGUAGACAAAGACGCCUUCGGAAAACUCUCAACUUCAAGAUGGGGAACAGACACAAAUUCACAGGGAAAAAAGUAACUGAAGAUCUUCUGACUGAUAACAGGUAUUUGCUUCUGGUUCUGAUGGACGCUGAGCGAGCCUGGAGCUAUGCCAUGCAGCUUAAACAGGAAGCCAAUACUGAACCCCGAAAACGGUUCCAUUUGCUCUCUCGCCUGCGCAAAGCCGUGAAGCACGCAGAGGAAUUGGAACGCUUGUGUGAGAGCAAUCGCGUGGAUGCCAAGACCAAGUUAGAGGCUCAGGCUUACACGGCUUACCUCUCAGGAAUGCUGCGUUUUGAACAUCAGGAAUGGAAAGCUGCCAUUGAGGCUUUUAACAAAUGCAAAACUAUCUAUGAGAAGCUAGCCAGUGCUUUCACAGAAGAGCAGGCCGUGCUGUACAACCAACGUGUGGAGGAGAUCUCGCCUAACAUCCGCUACUGUGCAUAUAACAUUGGGGACCAGUCGGCUAUCAAUGAACUCAUGCAGAUGAGAUUGAGGUCUGGGGGCACUGAGGGUCUCCUGGCUGAAAAAUUGGAGGCGUUGAUCACUCAGACUCGAGCCAAACAGGCAGCCACCAUGAGUGAAGUGGAGUGGAGAGGGAGGACGGUUCCGGUGAAGAUCGACAAAGUGAGGAUCUUUUUAUUGGGACUGGCUGAUAACGAAGCAGCCAUUGCUCAGGCUGAAAGUGAAGAAACCAAGGAGCGUCUGUUUGAAUCCAUGCUCAGUGAGUGUCGGGACGCUCUCCAGGCCGUUCGAGAAGAGCUCAAGCCAGAUCAGAAACAGAGAGAUUACACCCUUGAGGGGGAGUCGGGGAAGGUAUCUAAUCUUCAGUACCUGCACAGCUACCUGACUUACAUCAAGCUGUCAACGGCCAUCAAGCGGAACGAGAACAUGGCUAAAGGUCUUCAGAAGGCACUGCUGCAGCAGCAGCCGGAAGACGACAGCAAGCGCUCCCCGCGGCCCCAGGAUCUGAUCCGCCUCUAUGACAUCAUCCUGCAGAAUCUGGUGGAAUUGCUUCAGCUUCCUGGCUUAGAGGAGGACAGAGCCUUCCAGAAGGAGAUAGGCCUGAGGACGCUGGUGUUCAAGGCUUACAGGUGUUUUUUCAUCGCUCAGUCCUAUGUGUUGGUGAAGAAGUGGAGCGAAGCCCUUGUCCUGUAUGACAGAGUCCUGAAAUACGCAAAUGAAGUAAAUUCUGACGCCGGAGCCUUCAAGAACAGCCUAAAGGACCUGCCUGACGUUCAAGAGCUCAUCACACAAGUGAGGUCAGAGAAGUGUUCUCUGCAGGCGGCAGCGAUCCUGGAUGCAAGUGACUCCCACCAAACGGAGACUUCCUCCCAAGUAAAGGAUAACAAGCCUCUGGUCGAACGGUUUGAGACUUUCUGCUUGGACCCUUCCCUUGUGACCAAGCAAGCCAACCUCGUGCACUUCCCGCCAGGAUUCCAACCCAUCCCUUGCAAGCCUUUGUUCUUUGACCUGGCCCUCAACCAUGUGGCUUUCCCACCCCUCGAGGACAAGUUGGAGCAGAAGACCAAGAGUGGCCUCACUGGAUACAUCAAGGGCAUCUUUGGAUUCAGGAGCUAA